AUGACGAGAACACCUGCGAAAGUGGCCUCAACUCCAGUGCGCUCGACGUCCACACCAUUGACGGCGACGACGAGUGGCAAGACUUUGGCGGCAAAACGACAGCGACUGUCGGCCAAGAAGUCGCGCAAACAGUCGGCGCCCAAAGCGCGGCGACCGGACGGCGACACUCACGCGGACGGCACCGCCACCAGUGGUCAUCGGCGCAAACGCUACAGACCCGGAACCGUUGCCCUGAGAGAGAUCCGCCGCUUCCAGAACACCACCGAUCUAUUGGUGCGGAAACUGCCGUUCGCUCGACUCAUACGCGAAAUACUUCAGGACAUCUNUGUAAUCAAUCAAUUUUUACUUAUAUAUCAUUGA